AGCGAUAACAAGUUUCCCCUCAUUGUCCAAUGGGAGCGCGUCACGUGACAUCCUGUCAGCUGUCGCUUCCGGGUGCGGUGAAACAGCGGAGAAGUCGGAAAACACCGGACAUACAUGGAUUAGUUUAAAUGAGGAGUCAGAGGACACGACGGCACCGUCCGCAGCGGAUUCACGAACCUACACGAACGUUGGGUUAUUGACGUUAUUGUUUUUUAAAUUUUGGAGCCAGUGAGCGAAGUUUCGGCGGAGCUGAGCCGUUUACGUCUGGAGGUUAGCUUAAAGCCAGAGUAGCGUUUAGCUGCUACACGCAGACAUACAGACGUCUCUGUCCGGUGAAGCGAGUCGUGCUGUCACCGACAUUGUUAACUCACACUCGGCUGCGGACCAGGGAGAAUCACUGAGAGGGGUUGAAUGCACCUGAAGGGCGACCACAGUUUGUUUUGGAGGUCAACAACACGGACGGAGAAACUCAGCGUUUCCUCACAAACAUCCAGGACGUCGAAUGUGCUAAACAUGGAUGUGACGUGGACUUCAGGCAGCUCUCAGAAAGCACAGCAGGGACUGAGUAAAUAACAUUUCCCUGUGUCUGCUGCUGACAGGACACUUCCACAGGAUCCUGUGUUUGGCCGAAGAGGAGGAAGUCUUCCUCCUUUGUGUUCUCGUUCAACUCGGUUUUACUCACACUCAGCUCCUCAGUUCAACAGUGAAGGAUGAAUGGCCUUUCUCUCAGUGAGCUCUGCUGCCUGUUCUGCUGCCCGCCCUGCCCCAGCCGCAUCGCGGCCAAGCUCGCCUUCUUGCCCCCCGAGCCCACGUACACGUUCCUCCCCGACCCAGAGGCGGGCCCUGCCUCAAUGGGGACAACGGGGGCAUCGAACCUGCGGGCACGGAGUGGAGCAUCGGUUGCUGGAAGCGGAGGGUCCGGGGAUGUGGAGGGAAGAUGGAAGCUUCAGCUGAUGGAGCGAGCAGAGUUUCAGUACUCGCAGAGGGAGCUGGACAUGACAGAGGUGUUCCUUACUCGAUCCAACCGGGGGAACAAAGUCAGCUGCAUGUACAUUCGCUGUGUCCCUAAUGCCAGGUUUACAGUGCUUUUCUCUCAUGGUAAUGCAGUCGACCUUGGACAGAUGAGCAGCUUCUACAUCGGCCUUGGCACUCGCAUCAACUGCAACAUCUUUUCCUAUGACUACUCCGGCUAUGGAGUCAGCACUGGCAAACCCUCUGAGAAGAACCUCUAUGCAGACAUUGACGCUGCCUGGCAAGCCCUGCGCACACGGUAUGGUAUAAGCCCAGAGAAUAUAAUCCUGUAUGGACAAAGCAUUGGGACAGUUCCUACUGUAGACCUGGCGUCGCGCUAUGAGUGUGCCGCCGUUGUUCUUCACUCACCUCUAACAUCUGGCAUGAGAGUGGCCUUUCCUGACACAAAGAAAACCUACUGCUUCGACGCUUUCCCCAACAUUGAGAAAGUGUCCAAGAUCUCGUCUCCAGUGCUCAUCAUCCACGGGACAGAGGAUGAGGUGAUCGACUUCUCCCACGGCCUGGCUCUGUUCGAGCGCUGCCCCAAGGCAGUGGAGCCUCUUUGGGUAGAGGGAGCAGGACACAAUGACAUUGAAUUAUACAGCCAGUAUCUGGAGCGCCUACGCCGCUUCAUAGGACAGGAGUUGGCGAUACAACACGUCUGACCGUCACCAACUUCUUUACCCUUUUUCCUACUUUGUCCUGGAUGGAAACAUUUACGAGCGUCAUCCUAAGCAUCUCUCAACUACUAUGGCACCUGAGGAUGUAAUGUUUCACAUUCUGUUUUUAAGGCACAGUUUGCCUCAAGACUCAAAUAGCAUUUAGACUGUUUUUUUUAGCAGAAACUUGAAAGUAAAGCUGCCAUUUGUUUGGUAGCAGCAGAUAUAUUCAUAUACUGUGCAAUAAAAUUGAUGACGUCACAGGAAAAUGACUUUUGUUGAAAUUAGAUUAAAAAAUAAACAGGUUGAUAAAUAAUCAUGUAGUUCAGUUACAGUGUGGUCCACAUGGGAAGUGUCAGCCUACGUGUGCAGUUUAUGAGUAACUUUAAUCUCCACUAUUAACACAAGUGGAUACAUGUCAUGACCUGAAGUGUGCUGGGGAAUAUUUUUGUUUUCUAAUCUCUUAGAAUCACAUUAGAACAGCAAACAGGUUUUUAACUAUGAUCACUACAUUGAGCCACCAGUUUUUAUUAGUGAUUACUAAUACAUAGUAAUAAUAUAUGUGGAAAGUACCUUUUAAAAGCACAGUUACAAGGUGCUUUACAAAAAAGAGUAAAAUAAAAAGUUAGUGAUUUUGUUAGUGAUUUUGAAGUGAGUUAAAAAACAGUCACAGUAAAAAAAAAAAGUUCUCCAGGAGAAGUAUGUUUUAAAGAUGACGAAGACUCAGACAGUCUUCAACAUUUCCUUGGGCAGGUCGUUCCAGAGCUUCAGGGCUCUGAGUAUAAAAUCUGUUUCUCCUGUCCUGUACUCAGGAACAGUUAGAAGACCUCUUCCUGAGCAAGGCUUCAUACGGGAUUGAAAGGACUAAAAUAUAAGUAGGAUCAAUCCUAAAACAAUGGGGAGCCAGUGUGAAGAGGCUCAAAUAGGUGUAAUGUGAUUGAUCCUCUUAGUUCCUAUUAGAUGCAGGACAGUCUGAAACAGUCUGUUGUCGUUUCGAAUUUGUUUUGGGUUUUUUGUCUAUAGACUGCAUCUCUUGAAUUUAAAGUGGAUCUAGCAUUUGAAAUAUUUCUGAAGUGAUCAAACAUGACUAGCUUAUAUCUGUAAGAGAACAAAAUUGGAUUUAAAAUUCACACCUGAGGCACACCGGACUUAACAUGGGAAAAGGAGCAUCUGUAAACUUAAUGCAGUGCGAUAGAAAAGCCAUCCAGUAAAGAAUGUUUCAAAUGGGAUGAUUUGCACAUUUGUUCUACUAAUUGUUUUUAUUCUAUUUCACUUCAUCACAUUGAAAAGUGUGUUUAAUAUCCUGUCCCUGUCAUUUAUGUAGAUUUGAAGUGGACACAAUUGGUGAUGUGUCCUUACUCCUAGGGAAAAUGAAAACUACAUUGAGAUGAGUUUGUUUUUCACUGUAUGACCAUUUGUGUUGUUUUUGUUUGUUUUAGAUAUAGUCAGCUAAAUUUCCCAAACCUUGAGUAUGGUGAGCCGUUAAAGCCUUAUCUGUUGCUCAUGUGGAUUCUCACUAUCAUCAGUCUGUGCUUAGAACACAGUUGUAUCUCAGUGAUGGGGCGAGAUUGGAUGUGUUCAAGAACGACUGAAAUUACCUCCAGCUCUUUGGUUUAGUGGAACAUCUGAGAGGCUGUUAGUGCUUUUCUUGUAUUAGUCUUACUUUAUGUCAGCUGAGUUCCUGUUUCUUCAGUGUCUGGAACGUAGAAGCAACUCUAAAAUUACACAGGUCACAGUUUAUAUAAACUUGACUGACGGCCAUCUUAGUCAUUUGCUCUCCAUGUCGAGGGGGAAUUUUUGUCAAUUAAGAAAUAUCUGAAAACUUCACUUUGGAAUCAAGUAUUUUAUAGGUUGGACUUAUCUAUAAUUGUUAUGAGAGUUCACUGAAAUUUGACAAGUUUACAGUGUCUGGCUCUUUGUCAUAUAUAAUUCAGCAACAGCAUUUCUUUUCCAGCACUGCAUUGUAAACCAAACUGCAAAUAGACUAGGAAAUUGUAGAACAGGUAUUUCCUCUUCGAUUUACGGGACUGAUUUCAUUAAACAGAAUUAAAUCCAAAAGUGGCACACUACCUUUUCCAACUGCUGGUGUAGAAAACUGUCUCAAACAUGUUAUAUUUCGCUUUAUCACUCGUCAUGUGCUGAUUAUUUGUGGAAAUAUUACUGAUCGAUUUUGUAUUUAAAGGGAACAGGUAUAAGGUUUUUGUUCAGCUGACUGCCCUGUUGAACUAAUUCAGGGUUGACGCUAAAGAUGAAUCAUCAUCCUUCACAUUUAUGCCCCCCAUUGCUCUCACUAACAGAAAUAAGUGCAAAAGCAGUUUUACCUUUAACCAAACUGAUAUAUUUGAGUGUUGCAUUGUGAAACUUUGUAGCUGCAAGCCGAGAUUACGGCUGUUCUGUUUGAUUGUUUUCAAAGACGAGUCAGGAUUUUCAGGCUUUUUUUUUUUGUCAAUGUAUGAACCAAAGUCUGACCUUUGUUUGUGUUUUACCAAGUGUACCUGCUAUUCAUGUUUGUAUCUUUGUAACCAAAGACAAUAAUGUUCAAGUUCAAGCUCUUUUGCUAACUCUUUAUUUAUCUUUAUAUGUAAUCUGAUUGUUUUUCCACUUCACAUUUGGAUACAAAUUAAAUGCAAGUGUGUCAUAGUACUGAAUAAUUCUGUUCUAUCGUCAUAUCAUGUCUGGUCUCAAAUAUGAACAGAAGUUAAAUAGCACACAUUAAGGUUGGUGUUGUUCUGUCUGGAUGAUGAAAGAACAAUGACAGCUUCAUGAACACAUGAGAAGCUUUCGUAUAAAAAGAGAACUGUCUUAUUCAAAUGUUUGGAUCUCUGGUGUAACACAUGUUGGUAUCCACUGUUACUGACUUAUUUUCAGUUUUUAAAGAUUCCGUCUUUUUUCCAAGAAUUGAAAAGAACAAGCUAAUAAAACGUAACCACAGAUUAAUAAUUAA